AUGAGAGAUAAGGUGCAUUUGGCCGAUCCGUCAGCAGUGCUACCACAUUGGUAUCAGAUCAUCUCAGCAAUCAUCCGCAACGGCGUCAACAGGGAUGCCGUCUGGAGUACUCAGACAUGCAUCAUCCCCCAGCAGCAGCAACAGCAACAGAAUGCGUGCAAUGGCUAUGGAAGUGGCAACGGAGCCCAGUCGCAGAGUGCCCCAAGGAGUUCUGCAGUCAGUACUCGUCGCGAUAGCACCAGUUCACCAGUUGCACCACUAAGCACGGUAUGUUGGCGAGCAUCCCAGAAUUUUCAGAUCUGGUACGAAUUGUUAUCCACCAGUGUUGCCACCAGUAGUAUACUUUCAGUGAAUUGUAAACCAAGUUUGGCAUCCAGGUUGACAUUGAAAGCCUAAAU